CGUUGGAGAAUGUGUAUCUCAUCCUAUGCAUUACUAUUGAUUUUUUCUCUUUUCUCUCAAGGGUCCUUACUUUCUGUUUCAAAGUCUAUGCGAAAAGCAGAAGAUAAUAUGCUGCUAAGUACAUUCAGCCUUGGAAAGAUAACACAGAAUGGUGACAAAUCUGGAAAGUCUCUGCCUGCAUCUUCUUUUGAGCAUUAUAAAAUAGAGGACAGCAGUUUUCUGGAUGAAGACCGAAACCCACAUUUCUCAAAUAUAGGUUACAAACAUCAUGUCAUAAACUAUGGCCAACCACAGAGCCUAAGUGUUAAGCAACUUCCUUAUUUUGAACUGGAGGGACCUAUGACUUUUCCAUCAAAUGCUGAGGUUGAAAAUAUUGAAUCAAUACAAGAAAGGAGUGAGACGGGAAGUGACGAAAACUCAGAUAAAUUGCCUGUCGGAAGAAGAGAUUUUGAUAGUAAGUUAUAUUUUCGGGUGACUGCAAAAAAGUAA